CAGUCCUUCUAUGUGACCCUCAAACCACACCAUACCCCAUCCGGUCUCUCAUACUCAAUUUGCCGCGGCCCAUAAUCGAAUUCACGGCUCAGUCACUUAAAGUUAAAAAAGAAAGGAAGUGCAAAGAUCAAAUUGCCGUGACAAGCAAUCAAGCCCUAGUGGUUCUAAUUAAGAAUGGACUUGUGACCUCUCCAUUCCUUGAAGAUAAUGUCAAUUUGAUUCAUACAAUUCAUCUCACGCCGCACAAAUUCUAA